AUGGUUUUGAAUUUGGCUUCGGAACUUUACGACCGGCUUGACAACACGGGCGCUGCUCGUUUCUCGAACUGCAGACUAGUACAUCUACCUUGCAUGGUAUUCCGUGUCACACAAGUCAGUCUGAGCUAUAGUACAUCCCAAGAAACUCGAUAUGAAGUCAAGGCAGACGGGCUUGAUGACCUGCUGAUCACCACCAAAAAGCCGAUCGUCCAGUUCCUGCGGACAAGGCCCACUCAACAAACCUUCGUGCUCAUCAGUCCCUGGGAUCGGUCUCUCCUCGAGUUAUUAGACUUUGUAGGUCUUCAAGACGAUACAGAGAGCGAAGGGGAUGAUUGGAUGCCGCCCUCGUCUCCAUCUGACGACUCGCUUAGCCGUUCUGUUGUAAAUCAGGAAGUGGAUGGCUAG